UUUUUUUUUUUUCAUCUGAACAAUGUCACAACCUGACUAUAGUAAUAUGCGGAAAAUCGUUACAGGAGACAUUGUGAUCAAAUGUCGUUUUGGCAAAGAUAUCCGUCGUCUCACUAUCAAUCAAGCGCCAACUUAUGACGAAUUAUGUCUCAUGAUGUGCCGCAUCUUUAAGCUACCCAAUACCGAAGAUAUUACUCUCAAGUAUACUGAUAACGAAAACGAUCUGAUCAGUCUUAUAGAUGACAAUGAUAUUACGCAUGCUAUUUCUCAAAGCAACCUAUUGAAGGUCACCAUACUCGACAAGGCAUCCUUAGAUACCGUGGCACCAGGAGUUCUUCCAGAAGAUUUGCGGUUACAAUUGACAUCUCUACGUGAUUCUUUGGAUUCUAUUCUUCGAUAUGUACCUGACACUAAAAGCGGUGGUUCUCAAGCCCCUCAACCAGCGAUUGAUCCCAAGUACAAACCUCUCUCUUCUGCUGAAUUAGAUGAAUCUAAUGGACCUAGAUCGAAUCUUGCUUCAAAAGGAUCAACUGACGCGUUGAGUACUAGUAGUAAUGGAGAAACUGGAAAACAAACACCUACUAUCAAGAAUAACAUGUACUUACCACCAGGAACACCAAAACAAAUGCCAAUGAAAUCACCUGGUCUUCAAUCAAUGCAUCAAUCUGGACAAUACGGUCAACGACCUUCUCCUUUGAACUAUCCUUCUUAUGGUCCUCCUCAAGGUUCUCCUUCAGCACCUGCUACACCUCAAAGUGGAUUCCAACCUAACAAUGUCAAUAAUAAACUUGCUGGUCCCUUCAUGAAUACUCGUCCUCCUCCUCCACCUAUGCAACAACAAGGUCAGCGUCAGCAAAAUGGAUAUAUUGUUCCCGGCACUCCUCUUUCACAACAUCAGAUUCCUCUGCAUCCUCCUCAACAACGUCCUCCUCCUCCUCAACAACAACAAUCCACCUCUACACCUCCUCCUCCUCAACAGUUACAGUCUCAACCUCAAGUCCAAGGUCAACCUCAACCUCAACCUCCACUUCAACAACAACAACAACAACAACAACAACCGCAACAAGCCCAACAACCUCAACAAGUUUCUCAACUACCACCCCAAGGCUCUGUGCAACAACAACCCGCUCCAUCAUCGCAAAUCGCUCCCCAAAACCAGCCUCCAGUACAACAAGUGCCUCAACAAGUGCCUCAACAACAGCAACAACCCUAUUAUUAUCAACCCAACAAUGGACAACAACCCCCUCCUCCACAGACACCACAACAGAAUUAUCGCCCUGCACCAGGACCUGGUAAUAGAUGGUAGACCAUCGUUUGUUGGAUCCAGCCUAAUCUCAAAUGGAAUGAUGGACAAUUAGUUAGAUAUUUAUAUUUAGUUAGUUACUAUUCUUUUAAUGAUAUCCACUUUAUCCUUCAUUCAUCUAUCUCUAUUAUUUUCUAUAUAUCUAACCAGUGUAUUGUGAUCUUUUUUUUUUAACUAUAAUUUUGAAAUAAAACACUUUUCUUUUUUUUUUUCCAUGA